CUGACUGUUUCCCGAGGCUCUUUUAUUUAUCCCAUCAAGUUUUAGCAUCUCGGCCGGGCAAAAUGAGUACUGCUGUCGAACAGCACGAUCCGCACCCAGACUAUGGGUGUGGUGUGAUUGCAACGACAUCAGCAGAGCCGGUUCUCAAUCGUUCUGAACAUGAUGCGGCGAAAUACCUGACAUCGACACCGCCUCGUAUAAUCGGGGAACUUGUCCGCCUCCCUCCUCGUGGUGAUCAACUUCGAACCCGGCCGGUAGAAACUGCCAGGCCUGCGGAAGAGAAUGCCAAACCUGAAGAUGGAUACACGCCAGUAGAGUCAAGAUGGGAAAGCGCAGGGUCAAGCCACGGGGCGCGACCGUCGUUGCCAAUAACGACGAGCGCCGAUCUGUGGCCCCGUCCGCCAUGGCCUUCUCCGCUGCGGACAAGAAGGUACAGACCUAAGACGCUGUCGGGAUGUAUGAAUUGCAAGCUAAGACGAAUCAAAUGCGAUGAGAAGCGUCCAGAAUGCACCCAGUGCACCAGGUCCAAGAAGACGUGCGUUGGCUACCCUCCACCGCCACACUGUGACCGUCCGUUCGAGGAGGUUCCGGUCGCUCCUCGGCCAGACGAGAUACGGCCACCAAAAGAAGAGCAGCCUCUCGCCCUCCCAAGCUACGUCUCGAAAGAGGGGCACGGGAAGAUCAUGGCGGAGAAGUACGACUUUGAUGAGGACUUGGACAUUGUAGAUCCCGAAGGUCAUGAAGCCCUCCAUAAGGGAUUACGACACCGCAUACUCCGGAGUUCGGAGCUUGCAAUCGGAAUGGAAAGCCUCCAGCACCUUCCCUUAGGCCCAGCGGUUGAAGCUUCGGAACCGGGCAGGUGGUCUCCAUAUGUCAAAAACCCCAUCCGCAACACUGAGAGCGGCUAUUCCCGAGCACUGGAGAACUCGGCCAACAUGGAGUGCAUUCUUCAGCAGUUUGACUAUCUUCGGGACCAUGGAUUUGAGUCUGACUUUCUGAGUAUUCUGGUUGCCCGCCCAGGCGCCGUGGUUGAGAUAGUCCCAAUCUAUCGAGCAUCGCUUGUGGACAUCAUCGAUGCCAUCAAACCCCUGAAGCAGCUUAUGGAGGCACCCUACGAGCAUCUCAAUAGCAUGGCCAAAAUUCAUUUUGGUCGCCUGCAAAGCAUCUUGCAGAGGGCCCUGGACAGAAUAAGCGCGAAGCUCGGCAGUGCUUUUGAGAACCGUUCCCAGUUGCAUCCGGAAUGGCCCUCUCACCUUGCAACCAUGGCCGACUGUCAGUGGCUCGUUAGGAUACUGGAUCUGGCCCUCGUAUCCUAUUCUGGGUCGCAUGCCAUCCGCUUUGAUGAGGAAUUAAUUACAGAAGUAUUAACGGAUGUAAAAAUGUCGCCGGGAAUAAUCGAGGUACCAGCUUCGGACAUGUAUUGCAGUGCUCAACUCUCUCUACAACGACUAGCUUGCCUUGACGGGCUUCUGGACCGCCAAGUAUGGGUUCUGAGCAGCAAACUCGACCCCUGCGAGGCUAACAGGGCGCUUUCAGUACUGACCACAAUUUCCUUGUUUGCCGACUUGUGGGGACCAGUCUAUACUGUCAGACAUCCGGAUGAUACCGGCAAGAUCCUGCAACACAAUGCCGGCAAAGGUGUCAUCCGACGCCAGGACAACGACAAGGUACCCGCUCAAAUGGCCAGGCGCCUCCUGGAGUAUGAUGAAGCAGUCGUGCCUUGUCAUUGGGAGUCGGCGCCGAAGCACUUCCUGAGCCGCUGUGUCGGUGGCGUUCGGAGGCUAUUGAAGCCUCCAAAGUCCUUUCUCCGAGAUGGCGAUCUGCUCCUCAUUGGCGCUGCAGAACCGGCCCCAGAGGCCAAAUCUGGACUACACCCAAACAAAGGAUGUCAAUACACCUCAGACGCCUUCUUUGCGGAUUCAAAUGACAUGCUAGGGGUGCCCGGGACUAGACCAGCCAAAUGGGUCAAGGAUGGACUUGAGGUUGGAGCUGGCCUUGAGUUGUCCAUGUUGAGUUUCUCCGUCACUGGCAAGGCCAAGAAGAUACCAGGUACAACCCUAAAACAGCGAAUUCUCACCAGAUGGACCCAAGCCCCAGCUCGAGCGAACCCAUGGAUACUUAAUCAUUUGCUAGCCGUGGAGGUCAGCCAAUGCACAGGAAAUGCCAGGAGGAUUGCCCUGCGGGACCUCUUAUUCCGAGACGAGCUGAAGGAGUACCUUGACGUCCAGAUGCCAUCAUGGGCCAGUACUGACUGGGGUACAGCAUUGCUCCAAGCGAUUCAAAGCAGUGAUGCAGAGGAACUCCUAAGGUUUUGGAAAACCCAUCAGUAUUCUCGCGAGAAUGUAGGCCAGCUGAUCGCUAGCAUACUGGAGCUUUUAGAUGACACCGGCAACGAUGGGACAUCAUUCCGGGCCGCGUUGGUACACCAGAACAUGGAGCACCUGAUCAAGCUCCCACUGGAUAAGAACAGCUGGGCGAGUGUCCUCGGGGAUUCUGACAUUUCGGCGACAUAUGCUCUCGUCACAAAAGUUUGUCUGUCUCCGAAAUAUGACCUAAAUGGGCAAAACAGCUAUACCAGAUGCAGCCAGGAUGACACGGGUUCAAAUAAGGCGUACACUUGCCUGCAAACAAGGCUUGUGCUGCCAAACGAUGUCAAGAAACACAUUAGAAUCCGGGGUGAUCGGGAAGAGAAUGCAUACAGCUUGACAGAGAAUGUACUGAUGAAAGCAUCUGACCUUCGCUCGACAGCUGAAAGCUUGUUGAGAAAGGUGACAGGGUUUUCGAUGUAUUCCGAGGCGAAAGACAGCAUGGAUCACAACGCGGUGGAAGUGACACUGAAGUCACGACGAUGUAGCUAUGGCGGCAUGUCAAAGCCGAGAACCAAGGUUCCAUGCCAGCAACUUGGGUUGUCUGCCAUUGACGCGACUUGCCGGAUUAGCACGAACGAGCAGCCCACAAGCAUACUCUUGCCCGGUUCGAGCCCCCAGGAGUCCAAGAGAUCCAGGAUGACUCUGCAACAGAGGCAGUCGUGGGCAUUUCCGACCAUUACCGACAGCAAUUGUACCGGUGAUCGGAGGCCUCCGAUGCUGCCAUCACAUCCAGUUGCCCACGUACUCAACACUCCUACAACAAUCGAAGGAACCAGAGUCAAUUUGACGGCAUGGGUGCCGGCAAAGGAAGUGGUGGAGAUUAUGGCUGGGGACAGUUCGCAGCGGCAUUAAGCAGUGUGAUCGAUGACGGAGUGUAAGAAGUCGAGCCUCCAUACAAGUUUGGAGUCGGCUCAAUUAUGCUUUUGCUGGAAAAUGUUGCAGAUUUGGGGCGGCAGGAUGGGUGAGUUCCAGCCUCAAUAGCCUUGCAAAACGGCUAGUCUAGGAUAUUCCGGGGCGACGGUGCUUGGAGGCAUCAGCAUAAAGAAUAUGAACAUUUUAUUUGCGUAGAAUAUGAUGAUUGUGCUGGGCCAGUCAAGCUGGACCAGGUCUUUACUCUGUCCGGAUCUCUGGCCUUGUUUAUAGAUAAGUACCUAGGUACCUACCUACCUUUGGAAGGAGAGAAUCUUUGUCUUUUUCUAAUUGGUCUCUUGCC